AUGAACGCCACCACUGCAGAUCACAAAGAUGAUAUUGAGAGUGUACAUACACUACCGCCCUGCCAAGACAAUGAAAAGCAACAACCCGAUACAGAUACAGAAGUCGAUACUCCUUAUUCGAGCUUCACAAUAUGGCAAAAACGUCUGAUCGUUUUGGCUGCUGCCACGACAGCUUUAUUGUCACCCAUGACAGCUCAGAUUUACUUCCCUGCUCUGCCAGCCAUAGCCAAAGAUCUGGGCGUCACUACCUCGCAGAUCAAUCUCACUGUCACGACUUAUAUGAUCUUCCAAGGAAUCACCCCCAUGUUUAUUGGAUCACUUGCGGAUAGCGGUGGAAGAAGACCUGCAUAUGUGAUUUGCUUCACGAUUUACAUCGCUGCCAACAUUGGUCUUGCCCUUGCGCCUAGUUACGGUGCGCUGCUUGGUCUUCGAUGUUUGCAAUCUGCUGGUUCUGCUAGUACCGUUGCGCUCUGCUUUGCUGUGGUAGCUGAUGUUGUCACUUCAGCUGAGAGAGGGCAGUAUAUCGGUAUAACAGCUGUUCCCAGUGUCCUUGGUCCUUCGCUGGGUCCAGUCAUUGGUGGUUUGCUUGCUGAAUAUCUGGGCUGGCGAUCCAUAUUCUGGUUUCUCGCCAUAUUUUCCGGUGUCGGUCUCUUCCUCAUCAUCGUCUUUUACCCAGAGACUUGCCGUCAUGUCGUCGGUGAUGGUUCCAUAAUUCCACCUUUGAUGUAUCGUUCCGGCCUGCAAAUUCUUAAGCAGCGACGCAGGCGGUCUGAGUCGGACAAAGCUGGUUUAAGUCGACAAGUCUCCACGGCAUCGACAUCCAAAAAGUUCAAGUUCAAACCACCCAAUGUUCUUGAAUCAGUCUUCAUGCUCUUUGAGAAAGAGACAGGCCUUCUUCUCGGCUUCAGCAGUAUAUGCUUUGCAGGCUUCUACUGCGUAGCUGCUGCCAUGCCUUCCCUGUUCGCAGAAAUUUACGGUUUUAAUGAAGUCCAAAACGGACUUAUGUUUCUUCCUCUGGCAGCUGGCUCGAUCGUCGCAGCGUUCAUCGUAGGCGCUUUCACAAACCGAAACUACAAGCGUCACUGCGACAAGCUCGGUAUUCCGUACGAGCGAAACAAGCAGCAAGAUCUUUCUGCUUUCCCUAUUGAGCGUGCACGUCUCGAGAUUGGAUUUCCUCUUCUUAUGCUUGCAGCGGUCACAGUAAUCAGCUGGGGCUGGGCCGUUGAUGCAAAGACGAACGUCACUAUACCAUGUGUUAUCAACGGAUUGAUGGGCGUGGGCAUCGUCGGAUUCAACAACACGGUUAAUUCUUUGUUAAUCGAUAUUCAUCCGGGAAAAGCAGGGACUGCAAGUGCUGCGAACAACUUGACACGAUGUCUAGUGGGAGCUGGAGCCAGUGCGGCCAUUAUACCCAUGAUUGAUGCUAUGGGUGUGGGAUGGGCUUUUACACUUGUAGGAGGUUUGUAUAUCCUUGGAUGUCCCAUCUUGAUCGCUUUGAUGAUUUGGGGAACAAAAUGGAGAGAGGAGUUGAGAGUUGAAAGGGGGAGAAAAAACAAGGCAAAGCAAGUUAUUUAA